AUGACAUCCAUCACCACCCGCCAAUGGCUCCUCAACAGCCGUCCCAGCGGCGCACCCAUUCUUGACGGGCCCGACGCUACCUUCUCUCUGACAACCACCACCCUCCCUCCCCUCCAACCCAACCAAGUCCUCAUCCGCGUCAAAUACAUCUCCAACGACCCCGCCCAACGGCAGUGGAUCAGCACGACCGUAGCGCCCGAGCGCUUCUACCUCCCGCCACUCUCACUCGGCGCCCCGAUGAAAUGCAGCCUGCUCGGCGAAGUCGUCGCGUCCACCUCCACCUCCUUCCCUCCACACACGCUCGUCACCUCCGCGCUGGGCGAAUGGAGCGAGCACGUCAUCCUCGACGCGUCCGCCUGCAACCCGGCCCCCGCGGCCGACGGCAUCGCGCCGACGCACUUCCUCGGCGCGCUGGGCUUGACGGGCCUCGCGGCGUACUACGGCACCGCCAUCGUCGCCGCGGCGAAGCCGGCGGACACGGUCGUCGUGUCGGGCGCGGCGGGCGCGACGGGGUCGAUGGUCGUGCAGAUCGCGAAGAAGCUGCUGGGGUGCGCGCGCGUCGUCGGCAUCGCGGGGGGUGCGGCCAAGUGCGCGUGGGUGAAGGAGACGCUGGGGGCGGACGAAUGCGUCGACUACAAGGCGGCGAGCUUCGCGGAGGACCUCGCCGCCGCCACGCCGGAUUUCGCUGACGUGUAUUUUGACAAUGUGGGCGGCGAGGUGCUGGAUUUGAUGCUGGCGCGGAUGAAGAUGCGCGGGCGCGUCGCGGUGUGCGGGAGCAUGGCGACGUACAAUGCGUUCGAGGACGGGACGCGCCUGCGGAACUGGUUCGAGGUCGUCGCGAUGCGGCUGCAGUUGACGGGGUUCGUGGUGCUGGACUGGCUGCACAAGGCGCCGGAGACGAUCGCGGAGUUGGUGAGGGCGGCGCAGGAGGGGAAGAUUGUGCUGGGGGAUGAGAAUGAGAUGGUUCUUGAGACGGCGUUCGAGGACAUACCGAAAACUUGGAUGAGGCUCUUCGAAGGAGGAAGCCGGGGCAAGCUGAUCUCUCAGUUAUGCUAA